AAUGGGCAGAGGUCUUGAAGAUAGGGUAGGGGUGGCUGCGUGUUUCCGGAAGACGUGGCGGCUCUCGCCUGGGCUGCUUCCCGGCUUCAUUUUGCCCGACUCAGUUUCCCACCCUGGGCGUUUCCAGGUGCUGCUGCCGCUGCCCUCACCGCUGCAGCCAUGAUCUCCUUAACGGAUACCCAGAAAAUUGGAAUGGGAUUAACAGGAUUUGGAGUGUUUUUCCUGUUCUUUGGAAUGAUUCUCUUUUUUGACAAAGCACUACUGGCUAUUGGAAAUGUCUUAUUUGUGGCUGGUUUGGCUUUUGUAAUUGGUUUAGAAAGAACAUUCCGAUUCUUCUUCCAAAAACAGAAAAUGAAAGCUACAGGAUUUUUCCUGGGUGGUGUAUUUGUAGUCCUUAUUGGUUGGCCUUUGAUAGGCAUGAUCUUCGAAAUUUAUGGGUUUUUUCUCUUGUUCAGGGGCUUCUUUCCUGUGGUCGUUGGUUUUAUUAGAAGAGUGCCAAUCCUUGGAUCCCUCCUAAAUUUACCUGGAAUUAGAUCAUUCGUAGAUAAAGUUGGAGAAAGCAACAAUAUGGUAUAACAACAAGUGAAUUUGAAGACUCAUUUAAAAUAUUGUAUUAUUUAUAAAAUCCUUUGAAGAAUAUUCAGCACAAAAUUAAAUUACAUGAAAUAGCUCAUAAUGUUCUUUACAGAAGUUUAAGAUGUACAGUUUACAGAGUACCAACAUCAAUUAGCAAAGAAGCAAUGAGAACAGGCUGCUAAUCAGAUGAUCUAAGAAGUCAGCAAGCAAACUAAGGGAGAUGAAAUCCAUGUACAAUGCAUAUUGAAACUCUUGAACGCUAUUUUUAUUGUUUUUCUACAAUGUGUGAAAAACAGCCAUCCUUAGAGAACUGUGGUGCCCAUUUUGUUUUUGUUUAGGGUUUUUUUUUUUUUUUGUAGGUUCAGGAGCACUCAUAGGCAUUUACUUUUUAGAAAUGUCCCCUGCAAUGGCAAAAAUAUUUUUAGUUGCAUUAUGUCUCUGAAAGUGAUGCAUGGGUUGGAUUGAAUUAUGUCAUUUUAAUGUAUUAAAACCAACGAAAACCCAGUUUUGAUGUAUGAAUCGCUUUUUUUUUUUUUUUGUAAACAUGUGGUUAAAAUAAAACUUAAAUGUGAUUCUUCUGAAUCUGAAUAAUUUAAAGCCAGAUGAAAACCUAAACUAGAUAUUCUUUAUUUGAAUAUACAAAGGUUGUUCUUUACUAGCUUUUAGUUCCUAAAUUAUAGCUGACUAAGCACUUUUUUGGUCAGUAACACACUCUGGAAAUACUCAUUCUUCUUGAGAGUUUGACCACCUAAGUAUCUGUAUCAUUCAUUAUGUGUAAGCAUUUAACAAAAAGCAUUCUUGACCAUGAACUAGUCUGUUACACAGCUUGUCUCAUUGAAUAGUCUUUUACUUAAGAUACUAAAUGAUGCAAACAAGUGGAUUUUUCCACAUUAUGAUGUGGGGUUUUUUUCUUUUUUUAAUUUUAGCAUGGUUUAUUAUUUUGUUUUUUAUCAAUUAAAAUAAUUUUUGGUAAUGUUUACUUUAAGACAUGUAACGUUAAAAGGUUAAACUUAUGACUAUUUUUUAAGGGCUAUUCAUUUACUCUGAGUUUUCCCUUAUCUUCAGCUUUUUAAUAACAUACAAAAAUCAACAUGUAUGACAUAUGCUUCAUAUGAUCACUCUUCAUCUUGAGUUAAUGGAGAAAUACCUGAGUUCACAUACUAAAGUUAUUUUACUGUAAUUAAUUAAACUGGCUAUAUUUUCUUAACAUGACACUAAAAAAUAAUGGAAUUUUUUUUUUUUGCUGUUGCCGAUUGACAGACAGUAGGAAACAGCAGUUGUUUCUUCUUUAGUUUUCCAAGGUGGCAGCUUUUGUGGUAGAUGUAGGAACACAUUUCAACAGCCACAGUACUAUUUGUUUUACCACUAAUAAUUGCACUAUUUUUUUUAACAGUUGCAAAGCUUUUUAAUACAUAAAAUCAUAAUUGAAAUUUGCAGGUUUUAUUUACAAGCAUGUCUACAAAAUAUAUUAUAGCUUUGUUGUUUUUAAUUAAAUCUCUUGAUGCACAGAGAACUCCCAACCUUGUUUGUCUAAAGAAGGAAAGACUUGGUAUAUAGUGUAAAGGUUCAGUCUUGUGGAUUACUGUCUUUUUUGGUACUGGCAUUUGACUUAUGAUGUAAUCUGUGAAAAUGCGAUAAUAUUGACAAAUGGAGACUCCUACCUCAAUAGUUCAUGGAUUAAUAAAAGAACUAGUGUUGUGUUUAAUGUUCUUCAAAAAAGUAAUAUCCUCACUUGGAGAGUGUCAAAUAUAUAAAAUUUGAGGAUUGACUUACGUAAGGUGCCCUGUAGGUCUCUGUUAUACAUAUUUUUGACUGAUGCAUAUUAUUUACAGUAGCUAGAUAAGUCUACCUUCUUAGAACAGGAACAAUAUCUGUUAAUGGAAGGAACUUCUGUAUUAUUUAACUCCUUUGUAGACAUGAAUUUCUAUCAAAAUGUUCUUUGCACUGUAGCAGAGAUCCCUUUUUCAACAGUCUUAUUUCAGAAAGCAUUAUUGGACUGAAAAGGAUUUGAUAAUCUCCAAGUCCUUAGUAAGACUGAGAGUCUAGAAGAGUUUUCAGUUUUAAAUGAAUCUACAGUUAAUAUCAAGUGUGAGUUUGGGACUGCUUGGCAGCAUUAUAUACUUCUUAUUCAGAACCCUUGAUGAGGCUCUGUUUUUAAAUAUACUAGUCUUUGACAGAAAGCACUAUACAUCCCAUUGUUUCUUCCUUUCUAAAAUCAGCCUUCUGUCUUUGACAAAGUGUACUUUGAUUAUUUCUAUAUAGAGAUGGAGAAAAAGUUCUAAUACUACUUAGCCUUAAGUGUUUCUGUCGUUGUUCAAAUGUAUUUUCUGUAACAGAAACAUAUUUGGAAUGUUUUUCUUUUCCCCUUAUAAAUUGUAAUUUCUGGAGUACUGCUGCUUUAAGAAGUCUCAAGGUCAGAUUAUAUGAUCUAACAAUUGAAUAUUGUAAAUACACUUGUCUUACCUCUCAAUAAAAGGGUACUUUUCUAUUAA